CCCCAUUACUCCCUCGAGGAUGCAUCCAGGUGACUCUUGAGAUCACAACAACAUGGCCUGAACUUGCCUUUCUUCAAAUAUCAUAAGACAAAACAAAGACACCAAAGCACGUAAUUUUUUCUGUCAAAUGCUCAUCUCCUUGCUUGAUACCCGCGUGGCGACCCAUGACUCUACACAUCUAUCACAGCCCAGGCUCACCCAUUCUCUAUCUGCCCUCCCAAAAUCUGGGAAUCCUAUGAGACUGGAGGCCAUCUGUGUUCAUUCUUUCUGCCACAAUUAUGAAGACCUCGAAUUUAAUCUCGAGACUACUCCCAACGAACCCUCAAGGACGAUCCAUCUACGAUGAUCUGCGAGCCCAUGAUGAGGAGUCGGACUUGGAAGAACAAGCGGGGAUGGCACUUGAUGAGGAGAAUCUGAGAUUCCGAGAUGACGAGUUGGGAGCUGCAGAUGCUUUCGGGGAAGCGAGUCGUAUAACAACAGAGUCCACAGCCUUUCUGCCUGCUACUCAACACAAUAGACAAGCUGGGAUGGCAAAUGUUCCGAGAGCCAAGUCACGUAAUAGAUGGAUGGCGCAGUCACCGAGACUAUUGGAGGAGGAUGGAGAUGAUGAUGUUCCAGCUUCAUUAUUGAUCGAAGGCAACGAGAUCCCAGCUCCAAGCACACCUACGAAAGCUCGACCAAGGCAAGGAAAGGCUCCGAAGAAGCAUACUGCCAUACCAGGGCCAUCCAAUAGAGAGACCCGAGCUCACUGGGAAGCUGCUCAAGCACAGCAACGGUUACAUAAUGAGGAGGAUAUCUCCCCUGGCUUACCACAGCCAGCCCGGCAUAAUUUUGGACCGCUCACUGGCAGUGCUCGGGAAAAGGCUAUGUGGAGGUGGAUCAAUGUCGUAAAUCUUGAUGGCUUCAUAGAAGAAGCAUACGAGUACUACAUUGGUGCUGGAAUAUGGUGCAUAGUUCUGGAUAAGGCUCUUAAUCUUUUGCAAAUCAUAUUCGUUGCUGUGUUUACGACAUUCCUUACACACUGUGUCGACUAUUCUGCAAUUCCUCACAGCAAGAAGCUGUCACAGGUAGUGGUUCCGCAGUGUACCAAAAAUAUAUCAGGGAUGCCGAACGCAGCGAUUUGGCUAUUCACACUGCACAUAUUUUGGAGGGUGUACCAGCUUUUGAUCGAUGUUCCUCGCUUAAUGCGAGUACGGGAUUUCUUCGUCCACCUCCUCGAAGUUCCAGAUGGGGACAUGCAAACUAUCUCAUGGCAAGAUGUAGUAGCCAGAAUCAUGGCCUUGAGAGAUGCAAACCCAGUCACAGCCGAGAAGAUAUCUCCGCAAGCUCGGAAGUACUUGGGAAGUCAAUCAAAGCAGAGACUGGAUGCACACGAUAUCGCAAACCGUCUGAUGAGAAAAGAAAAUUACCUGAUCGCCAUGUUCAACAAGGAUAUUUUGGACUUGACCUUGCCAUUUCCCUUCCUGCAAGACCGCCAGCUCUUCUCCCGCACACUGUUAUGGAACCUUGACUGGUGUGUUAUGGGGCUGAUCUUCAACGACUCUGGUCAAGUCCGACAAUUGAUUCUGAAGGACUCGCAUCGACGACAGCUAAGCGAGGCCCUUCGCGGUCGCUUUCUUUUCGCUGGCUUCAUGAACGUUAUUUUUGCUCCGGUCAUUGUGAUUUAUCUCAUGAUUGUUUACUUCUUGAGAUACUUCAAUGAAUACAAGAAAGACCCGUCGGCGAUCGGAUCUCGUCAAUAUACACCGCUUGCCGAGUGGAAGUUCCGAGAGUUCAACGAACUACACCAUCUAUUUCACAAGCGGGUCAACAUGUCAUACCCCUUUGCUUCUCGCUACUUGGACCAAUUCCCGAAAGUUAAAAGUGUCCAGUUCGCAAGAUUCAUGUCAUUCAUUGCUGGCGCAAUUGUAUCGGUUCUUGCCGUCGCUACCUUAUGGGACCCUGAGUCCUUCCUCAGCUUUGACAUUACCUCUGACAGGACUGUUCUCUUCUAUUUGACUGUCUUUGGUGGUAUCUGGGCGGCCAUGAACGGGAUGAUACCAGAAGAAAACCUCGUAUUCGAACCAGAAUACGCCUUGCGGCAAGUUAUCGAGUACACUCAUUACAUGCCAACACAAUGGCAAGGCCGACUACACAGCGACGAGGUGAAAAGAGAAUUUGCGACGCUCUACCAGCUAAAGAUCGUCAUCUUCCUUGAAGAAGUCCUCAGCAUCAUAGUCACACCAUUCAUACUUUGGUUCAGCCUACCGAAAUGCAGCGACCAAAUUAUUGAUUUCUUCAGGGAGUUCACCAUUCAUGUUGAUGGUGUUGGAUACGUUUGCUCAUUCGCCGUCUUUGACUUCAAGAAGGGUGAUGGUCGAAAGCCGUUGCACGGAGGUGGGAAUGCUGAUAUCAGAGACGAAUACUACUCCACCAAGCAUGGCAAAAUGGCCGCAUCAUACUACGGAUUCUUGGACAACUAUCUCCUCAACCCAAAGACCGCCGUCCAAGGCCAUGUUCCUCCCGGACAGCGCCAUCACCACCCACCACCGUCCUUCCCUGGCCUCAUGUCCCCCACGUUAGGUGCGGAAAUGCAAACAUCACGCAUGGGACGUAGUGAGAGACGACCCGGCAGUCGAGCAGUCAACAUUCCUCCAAACGCACGCACACCGCGCUUUACACCGUCUGCAGCCCACGGCUCUCCAAUGCAAUCCAUCCUGCUCGAUCCACACCACCAACCCUCCAAUUCCGGCUUCGGUGGCCGCAGUGUCCGACGCGGCAAUUCACGUUCUCGGUACCAAGCGCGCCAAAACAUCAUCGAAGAGCCCAUGGAGGACGACGAGGACGGAGCGGCUACCAACCGCGAAAAUCGCAGCUCAGGUAAUGCGUACGAUAGUGGCGGCGGACUUGACGAGUCGAGAUGGGAGACUUCGCCUACAAGAGCCGCAGCUAAUGACGCGCCUGAAGAGGAGGUUGAACCGUCUGGAGGUGGCGUGUUAGGGCUAUUGUACCAAUUUCAGAAGGCGCAGAACGACGGAAGGCCGGGCGUUAUUUGAUUCUUGUAUUUUACUUUGAGAUUGGGUUAAGCAUGUUCGGGCGUCUGGGGCAUUUGGGCAAGGUGUCCAUAUAUAACACCAGGGCGAUUGUAGGCGCAUGGUCGAGGGUUUCUUUAACCCUCUGAUUGAGUAGAUAUAGGUUCUUUAAUAGAACUCUAUUUGAACAUCAA